UAAGUAUUUUUAAUUUGUAUUUAAAGUUUAAUUAAUAAAGGAUAUAUUAACAAAAGCGUUGUAAAUUACAUUGAAGGGAAAAUGGCUAAUUGCGACCAAAGAACCCCGGAGGAUGUCAGAAAAGUAAUAAAAAUUGCAAAGUUACACGAAUCCGAGCUGACUGAUAUCACACAAGUAUUUAUGUUUCCGGACGCUAGCGAUAGGAACGACAACUUGAGGCUAAUGCAGUUGGAUGAUAAAUUGCUUAAAGAAAUUGAAUCUGGAAAUAGUUUGGUAUUUAAAGGAGAUCUUGACGAAAAUGUUGUUUUAUGCACAGUGGACAAAACAUACGAUGUAAAAGAAGCAGAGACGUCUAAUAGUCUUUUACUUGUACCCAAUUUGUUGUACGCGGAAUCAACAGGAGACCAAAUCGUAAAUGAUUCAAUGGAAUGUGAUUCCGAUAACUCUUUUGAUAAAUCGAAUAGUAGUUUAAAUAAAUCCAACGAGUCAGAUGAUGGAACAAGAGAACCUAGAAAAAUUGAAUUCAAAGACGUUAUUAACACUUUCUUCACGUAUUACGAAUUGAAACCUUGUAAGCCUCGUUUGUCUAAACUACGAAAGAUUUUAGAACCAACACUAUAUCAAGGACCUGAGCUCGAAUAUGCAGUAGAUAAAGCAAAGUUACUUAAUUAUGACAAUAUUUUUGAACAAGUGCAGGCAUCUAGAGCAGAAUUAGAUGUAGAACUUAAUAAAAUACAAGCAGUGAAGAUCGAUGGAUUCUAUCGAUUACUCGAAUUCGACUACGAAUUUAGAGUUCUGUCGUAUAUGUUAGAUUUAAUUGAAGAGAAUUCAUGGCCUUUGAAUAGAAUAUCGAAGGAAAUUACUUUUGAAAGUCUGAAAGAUCUAGUUCCAGAGUCCGUUUUAGAGGCUUUGUUUAGGUUUUAUACUGUAGAAACUUCUAAAGAACAUGACACACAGUACUAUCAGUACAAACAAGAUAAAGUAUGUCGUUUUUUGGCGAGGGUUUUAUUAAAGAGUGCGGGUAAAUUUAAUUUUGCAGAGUUUCUACAAGCGUGGCGGGAUUCCGUUCCUGAAGGAAUGAUAACAGAUGAAUGUCUUUUAUCUGGAAUAGCUAUAGUGGACAAAAAUACUACGCCACAAGUAGUAUGGGGAUUUUCUGAGAACGAUCUUCCAGAUGAUAUAAAUGAAAGAUUUAAGACAUUGUUCCGUACGAAGGCGAAAUGGACUGUGGAUGAAAUAUCGCCGUAUAUUGAAUCGUAUGCAACAGAGAAAUUAAAUGUGAACGCAUUGUUAACAAAAUAUGCGCGCGCGUCAACACAAGAUGGCGUUAGAGUGUUUUCUGCUAAGCAUAUGAAGUGAAAA